AUGGAAGCCAACAGCAGCACUUUGACUUUAGCGGGAUGUUUCCAUCACGUACGAUCGAUCGAGGACAAAGUGCCACUAAUCAGAGAUAUGAUCAAAUGGUACUGUCUUGAGAGGACACGUACGGCAUUUGACAGAUUUAAGUCUGGAUUACAAACCCUGGGUGUGCUGGCCACCAUUCAGUCAUAUCCAGAGAGUUUUAGAGAUUGCCUAAUGUUCACCAACAUCAAACUGACGGCGAUAUCGAUGGAGGAUAUUUUCCGUCCAUGUGUCAGUCCCACCGGAAGUAACCGGAGAACAGUCGAGGACAGACUGGUUGGAUAUUGGCGGGACUUUUUACAAGAUGCAGAGGAGGGAGCCACUGUGGUGACUUUGGAGCACUUAUUGAUUUUUGCAACUGGAACAAACAGAGUGCCGCCACUCGGACUCAGUCCUUCUCCUGUUCUGUCGUUUCUACACGAAGAGGAGGGGGGAGGAAAGUUCCCCAUUGCUAAUACCUGUGGGAAUGAAUUGAAAAUUCCAAUUCAUCCAUCUUUUGAAAUGUUCAAGGAAAAUAUGGAAUUCGGAAUUUUAAAUGCCCCAAAUUUUGGUCGGGCAUAGUUUAAUUGCAUGGUCAUUACAU